UAGUCGUCGUCGUCGGUGGAAGUGAUAAUUUUUCUUCACACAAAAACUCAUCGCGAAGGAUAAUUAAGAUUUUUUUUCACAAAUUUUCCAACUAAGAAUUGAAAAUUAAGUUCGAAUUAUCGAAGUGAAUCAUUUUCAACACAAAAAAUCAACUUAAAAAGUUUCAAAACACCAAAAGAAAGAAAGAAAAGCUUGUUCUAUUGCCGUAGUCGUCGUCUGCAUUCCAUGCAAAAUUAUUUUAUACCAAAAUAAAAUACAGUUCCAAGCAGAGAAGAGUAUUGCACUCAACUCUUACUCACGAUUUGCGGUACUUUACCUACUCCAGUGAUAGUGAUUAAUUGAUAAUUAUGUGCAAAAAUAAAUUUUAUAAUUUUGGUGCAAAGUUCGAUAUUGUUGAAUAUUUAAAAUAAGUCUUACAAGAAAUUUUAUUGGAAAAUAGGUACAAACUUACAAACGAAGAAAAAAAAAAACCUGUGUGGUGAAUAAGAAACCAUCUACCACAGUUAAGGGGCGUUUAACUCGUUUUUGACAGCUCAUAAUUUUGUUUGUUUUUUGUUGUUGUUUUCCAACGAUAUGACCGUGGUGUGUUUGUGAAUGGCUGCGGCUGGCGCUGGGCUGGGUGCUGUAGCUGUUCGUUCGUGGUGGCCUACUGCUUCAGGUUGAGGUUCUUUGAAUUUGGAUUUGGAGAAGAAAAACUAAUUUUCUUCCGUUCAAAGAAUAACACAAACGGGAUGUUUGGGAUUCGCGUUCAAAGCAAAUAAUGGUCGAAUUUUCUUUAUCGCCUCAAACAAAAUAAAAUAUUUUACUCAAUCACUUGUUCCUCGUACUGUAUUCUGGGCACUAGCUAUGUGAGAAAUAAAUUUAAUGCCAUGAGUUUUGGAAAAUAAAUCAAAAGUAAAAAAAUUAAAAAAAACAAAAAAAAAACAAAUACAAAAUACAAAAUACCUACAAUUCACGGAAUUCGCAGAGAGCGGAGCGGAUUUCCCCAUUGGAUAUCAUCUUGGUGCAUUUCUGGGAGUGCUCUAGAGUUUUUGCGUGUAACCGGCCGAGGCAACUAUCGAUUUAGUGCAAAUUUUCAUUUUUCAUUUGUGUGUAUAGAUUUUCGUUUUCGGGUGUGAAAUCAAGUAGUGCUAGACGAAACAAUAUUGUUGAUGAGAAAGUUUUUAAAAAUUUUGUCUUGUUUUUGAAAAAAAAUAGCCCUGGUCAGUAAUAAUUACCCUGUCCAUUUGAAUCUGUGAAAUCGUCAUAUCUCUCAAUCUCAAUCUCUUUUUUUCAAAAAUAUAUUUAGUUAAACUUUUCACAUAGAAAAAUGUUUAACUUUAUGAAAAAAGGAACCGGCGAAAAGGACCGGGAAAAAACAGACAGGGAAGAGAAAGAACGCAGAAAAAGAGAGAAAAAGCUGCGAAAGGAAGCAAAAGGAGUUUCAGGCAGCAUGAGUACAGAAGAAUUAUUGCGGUUAGAUGAGGUCAGAAAAACACUCAAGAUUCGUGGUCGCCACAAAGAUAGAGUAGAGAAACGAGCCGGCCUUACAGCCGCCGAUAUUACUGCAGACUUCUUUGCACACCUGGAAGUCGGCGAUCGAUCUGGUUCUUCGUUAGGAGUUCUAACUGGUGAUGGUGUUGGUGGUGUUGGUAAUGUCGAAUUAGAUCGUGGUAAUGAGGAAAUCGUUGCUUCUCCAAUAACAAUUAUCGAUCGACCGCCACUAUCAACAAAUAAUAAUAAUGGUGGCGGACCAAGUAGAUCAGCAACAUCAUCGUUUAUAAGUCAAAGUCAGUCGGCUGAUGGUUCGGAUUCAUCAGCAAUACAUUCCACUAUGAAUAGCAUUAAGAGUCGUUUUCUACCUCCAGUUCCGCCAAAACCACCAAAACGUGGUAUUCUCAAAGGAUCUCGCGGCAGCAUUCAAGAAGAACUCCCUCAAAACCCCUCGCCAGAUUCACGACAAUUGCUCAUGCGGAAUACUAUACAAAAUGAAUCGAUAGCAUUUGAUUCGAUUGAACAUCGCUCUGGGAAUCCCGCCUACACUUCAGCUGAAAGUCUACGCAGCGAUAUCGGUCCCAGUACGGCAAUUGGCCCCUCGAACUAUUAUUCCCACAACACUGCCGGAUACAGUUUGUCGUCUCCUCGUUUGGGUACACAAUCCCCAUUGAGUAAUCUGCAUGUGAUGACAUCGCCAUCACCAAGUGCCGAGAGCCUCACCGAUACAACUAAUUCUUCAUUUGCCACACCUCCGUUCUCGCUAAGUCCGAUCGGUGAAUCGCAAGGCACCGAACGAUGGUCUCGAGUGCACACCUUCGAAGACAUCGACCUACCAUUGCCACAAAUUACACUAGUCAAACUACCGCCACCGCGAGAGUUUGUCAUCAAACGGCAGAAGUCCCCACGAAAUGAUUUCGGCUUUAGUCUGCGCAAGGCAAUGUGUCUGGACCGGAGUGAAUGCUUGACGGCACCUGUUUUCAAGCCGGUAAUAUUUGCCGAACCUGGUGCUGGUGGUGGUGCUACAGGUUUACUGCCAGGCGACAGGCUGCUAAAAGUAAAUGGUACUACUGUGAGUGAGUUGACACGAGAAACAAUUAUCGAGAUGAUUAGGAAUAGUGGGGAUCAAGUAACUGUUGAGGUGCAACCUGUUUCGGAGUUGGUUGAAUUGAGUCGUCGAUGCAUGAUAAGUCCAACCGAACCCGAUGAAGUCGAUCGUAAAGUUGUUAAAGUCGAUUGCAAUACCCUGAAGAGAAGUGCAAGCAAACGUUUUAAACAACAGUCCCAAUUUAAUGACGACUCACAUCCUAUUGUUGGCGAACAAGUAUGGCUGGUGCAUCGUGGUGGAUUUUGUGCUGCCAUCAAAUUACCUCAACAAAAAGAUCACAUCGAUCAUCACAAAAUUAUAGUUCAACUUAUGCACAAUGGCGAAGAGCUAACCGUAGACGAAGAUGAUAUCGAGAAAUCAAAUCCAUCACAUUUGGAUUUGGUCGAGGACAUAUGUCAGUUAAAACAUCUCAAUGAGGCAUCGGUUUUGCAUUGUUUACGUCAAAGAUACGCCAGUAAUUUAAUUCACACUAAAGCUGGUCCCAUUUUAAUGGUAGUCAAUCCAAUGGCACCUCUUUCUUUGUAUUCAGAAAAGGUGGUGUCCAUGUUCCGUGGAUGCAAAACAGAGGAUAUGCCUCCACAUGUCUAUUCACUGGCACAAACCGCCUACAGGACAAUGUUGGAGACACGUCGAGAUCAGAGUUUGAUAUUCAUGGGAAGAUCUGGUUCUGGAAAAACAACAAGUUUCAAACACGCUUUAUAUUAUUUGGCAUUAGCUGCUGGUUCUGUUAAUAAACUUCUCACUGCCGAAAAAGUAAAUGCCAUCAAUACGAUUCUCGAAGCCUUUGGCAACACUAAAACUAGUCUCAAUUCGAAUGCAACACGAUUCACACAGAUAUUAAGUCUUGAUUUUGAUCAAAGUGGACAGAUUGCAUCCGCAUCGGUUCAGGUUUUAUUACCAGAACGUCAAAGAGCAGGCAGGCGUUACAUGAACGAACAUAGUUUUCAUAUUAUGACUAGACUCUUAGCCGGAGCUGAAGGUCAAUUGCAAAAAGAACUAUGCUUGGAGAAUAUUUCUUCAGAAGAUAAUCAUCCGUUUGUGUCGUUGUCACAAAAACUUGAAGAUCGUCAUCGUGCUGCUUCGGAAUUCACAAGAACUGCGUUAGCUUUUGAUACUCUGAAUAUUGAUCCGGUUGCAGUUAAAGGUAUUUGGACCAUUUUGGCAUCAAUUUAUCAUCUAGGAAUUGCUGGAGUUACCAAACUUGGAUCUGGUCCGACUGCUAGAAUUCAGUUUGCCAAUCCAUCAGCAGCUCGAAAAGCAUCAGCUUUGUUGGGAAUCUCCUUUGAGGAUCUGCAAGCAGCGGCAUUCGCUUUGAACAACCAAGGUAGUUCUAGUCCAGCUAAGUCGCCCAAUGAUAGCACUGACAUCGCCUGGGAGAGCUUGGAAGGCCUGGUGGUUGGUCUUUAUGCAGAAGCUAUGUCCGCUGUGUCUGCUUUGAUUAAUAAAUCAAUUUGCACAUCAACUCAUACAAUUGCGUCUAUUUUGUUAGUUGAUACACCUGGAUUCCAAAAUCCUGCUAGUUGUGGAGUCCAAACGGGCGCCUCUCUAUCUGAUUUGCGUCACAAUUAUCUACAGGAGCGUUUGCAAUUACUCUUCCAUCAUAUGACACUAGUAGCACCAAGAGAUCGUUAUGCUCAAGAAUUAGUUGAAAUCGAUACCGAAGGACUGCCCGAAUCACAUCCAGGCCCGUUGGUUUCACUAAUAGACAAAGCUCCCCAAAAUCACGUUGUACGCACAUCACAGAGAGAUUUGCGCGAGCAAGAUCGACGUGGAUUGCUUUGGUUGCUCGACGAAGAAUCUAUGUAUCCUAAUUCGAACGAUGAUAGCUUCCUAGAGAGAUUAUUCUCUCACUACGGCGAUCGAGAACAUCAACAUCUUAUCCGAAAAGCUAGUGGAAUGAAGCAAUUUAUUUUGCAACAUUUGCAAGGCACAAAUCCAGUUCUGUACAGUGCCCAUGGAUGGCUUAAGCACAGUCGAGAACAUCCUUCAAUUCGAAAUGCAGUCUCACUUCUUCAAGACAGUUCCAAAGAUGAGAUCAAUCGAUUGUAUGUUGGUUCUUUAACUCGAGGUAAUGGAAUGGUAUUCUGUGGUUCAAUAGUCGGUCUUGAAGGUACCCAAUCUCUGCGGCGUGUUUCGAGCAUUCGACGCUCGUUUACAUCGGCUGGUGUCAAACGAAAUUCGGUAAUGCUUCAAAUGAAAUUCACUGUUGAUGGAGUUAUAGAUACACUGAGGCGCACUGGGACACAUUUUGUCCAUUGCUAUCUGUUACAACACAAUGCCGGCUUAAACUCGGGAUCAACUGCAGGUUCACCCAUAAGUUCACUCCAAGGUUCCGAAGAGAUGGUUAAUGUUCCUUUAUUAAGAAGUCAAAUUCGUGGCUCACAGUUGCUAGAAGCAGCACGUUUGCAUCGCUUGGGCUUCCCCGAAUCAGUUCCUUUAAAUGAAUUUGUACGCAGAUUUGGCCUGCUUGGUGAUGUUUCAACAUCAAAAGAUAUUACCGUUGAACAAAUAUUGAUGGCAAAUGAAAUUGACCCAUCUACAUAUAGAAUCGGGCCUAGUCAGGUGUUAUUCCGGUCGGGUGUUCUAAGUCAGCUGGAAGCAAAACGUGAUGAACUUUUGUCAGAUAGAAUUAUACAAUUACAAGCAUAUUGUCGCGGUUAUUUAGCAAGGAAGAGAGUAUCGCAGCGCAGAGUACAAGAAAUAGCCGUCCGCUGUAUUCAACGAAAUGUCAAAGCAUUUUUAACUGUCCGCGAUUGGCCAUGGUGGCGUUUAUUAAUUCGUGUACAACCACUUCUAAAUGUUCAUCGCACUGAAGAACAACUAAAAUCGGCCAGCGAUGAAUUACACAUUUUACGAGCGAAAUUGGAAAAAAUCGAAAACGAUCGUAACGCACUUAAGACUGAAAACGAAAAGUUGGAAAAUAAGUUAUCCGAGAUGACAGUCGAUUUGGCAGAAGAACGUUCUGGCUCACAUAUGGCCAGUGAACGACUUGAAGCUGAAACUGCUGAACGCUUAAAACUAGAGAAAGAACUUCUCGAACAGCAGGGCAAAGUGAAGAAUCUGCAAGAGACAUCGGAAAAACUUGAAAUGGAAUUGAUAUGUGCAAAAUCCGAACUAAAUGGUAUCUCUGAAGAUGACGAUCCUGACAAUGAAGAUAGUGGAGGUGUAUAUCGGCUCAAAUAUGAGCGGGUAGCCAGGGAGUUGGAAUUCACAAAGAGGCGCCUGCAAUCACAACAUGAACACGAUUUAGAGCAAUUAGUUGGGCUAAAGAAACAAUUGGAGAAGAAGCUGUCUGAUGCAUACGAAGAAGUCGAAGAACAACGUCAAGUUGUUGGCCAAUGGAAACGCAAAGCACAAAAAAUGACAAACGAAAUGAGUGAUCUGCGUAUGCUGUUAGAAGAACAAAAUGGCCGCAAUAAUUUACUAGAAAAGAAACAAAGAAAAUUCGAUUCAGAAUGUUUAGCCUUGCAGGACGCAGCAAGACUAGAAAGACAAUCUAAAGAUCGUCUGUCAAGAGAAAAAGAUGUGUUGAUAGCAGAAAAGUUUACACUGGAACAAAAUUUAGCGGACACUCGUCUUGAGCUCGAUCUCAAGGAAGAGAAGUUAGCAUCGUUGCAGCGAGAAUUAGAAGAGAUGACAUUCGGAGGUGGAACCGAAGAGGAAAUAGCUCAACUAAGACGCUCUAAAAUGGAUAUGGAUCGUCGAUUGAAGGAACAAGAGGAAGAACUUGAUGAAAUGGCUGGACAGGUGCAAUUGCUGGAACAAGCUAAACUACGUCUAGAGAUGACUUUGGAAACAAUGCGCAAAGAUGCCAGACGUGAGGCUCAACAAAGAGACGAUGAAUUAGAAGAGGCACGUGGUAGUGCCUACAAAAAAAUCAAAGCUCUCGAAUGCCAAUUGGAGACAGAACAUGAAGAACGCACUCUCUUGCUGCGGGAAAAACAUGAAUUGGAGCGGCGGCUAUCUGCGAUGGAAGAUCAAGAUCGCGUCGAUCGUCAGACAGAAGAAGCAAUUACACAAAAACUUAAACGAGAUCUACGCAAAUACAAAGCUCUCCUAAAGGAUGCUCAUGCACAGCUUGAACGACUCAAAGCUGAUUCACCGGGUAAGACACUCAUACGUCAGUUACGCAAUCAACUGGAAGAUGCCGAAUCAACAAGAAGCUUAGCAGUUAAAGCCAGACAGACAGCUGAAGCUGAAUUGGCUGAGGUUCAGGCCAUGUUCGAAGAAUCACAAAGAGCCCGCAACGAUGCCGAAGACAGGGCAACAGCAUCACAGCGUGAUCGCGCUGAACUUCAAGCACAAAUCGAAGAGAACGAAGAAGAAAUGGCUGAAUUGAUGAAGAAAUACAGUACAACCGUGAAGCAAUUGAAUACAGAGCAAAUUGCAAUGUCUGAAUAUGAAUUCCGGAUAUCAGAACUGGAGGCUGAGCGAAAUUCACUUAAGGAUAAUGUAAGUGAAUUGCAACAGAGAUUGGAGAAUGUCGAGAAUAUGAGUGAUCCAUCAGCUGCUAUGCUGUCGAAACGCUUGGAAAUACGCACCAAAGAAUUAGAAUCCCGCCUUGAGCUAGAACAAGCUACACGUUCACGUCUUGAGGUGCAAAUAACCCGCCACAAAGAAGCAGUUGAGAAGAUACAAAACGAAGUCACACAAUCAAAAAUGAGAGAACUAAACGCGCAGGAUGCUCUUAAGAAAUCGCAAAAGUGCUUGCGAGAGUUGCGUGAAGAAUUCCAUGUUAUUUCUAAUCGAGAACAAGAAUCAAUAACACGAAGAAAAGAUCUAGAAAAGAAACUAGAAAAUGCUGAAUCCGAAGCGGUAUCAUUGCGUAAUGAUCUUCGUUUGGCAUUGCAAAGAAUAACAGAUUUGCAACAAGCUAUGGAAGAAGGAGACGAUGAUGUUAGUGAAAGUGAUGAAAGUGAUACUUCAGAUGGUUCGCUUAGUGAUUUAGAAGAACGUCUCAAGCCCAUUCAAGUUAAACGAUCGCCAAUUUCAACAAAGAAUAAAGAAACAACAAAUGGUGUGGGCGGCAGUAAUGGCAGCAGUGAUACAACGUUAGUUAUAAGAGAAAAAAAGAGUGAAAACAGCCCAAGGAUCACAUUGACGUCACCAUCGACGACAUCAGUCAGCGGCAAUACAAAUAAUAGUAUUAGUAAUAGUUUAAAUAAUGGUGAGUCUUCAUACGCAUAAACAAAAACCAACAAGGCUUCUAAGCAAAUUAUAUCGUCGAAAGGAAGAAAAGAAAUGAAAUGAAAAACAAAACAAAUACAACCAGCUUUUCUACAAUAUAUACAAACAUUAUAUAUUCAUUUUUAUAUUAGAAUCAAAGAUAUAAAUAUCUAACUAAUGCUGCUCCCAUAAAAUAAUCUUUUUUAUAUAUACAUAUAUAAAUAAAAAUAAAUUUUAAAAUUGAUUAUGCUUAUAUAAAUAAAAUAGUACUAAAUAAUAACAUUUAAUUAAUUUGAUAAUGAUGGUGAUGAAUAGAUUAUAAAAGUUUGUAUUUCUAUAUUAUUUUUUAAUAUUGUUGAGGAUGCACUUUUUCUAGAGUCCUAGUGAAGUGUGUUGCUCAAUGUUGGUUUUUCAUUCUACUCUGUAGUUGCAGUUAUUUUUUAUCGUAAUUAGCUAUGACUAUCAGUGUCGAAAAUGCACUGAAAACGCCGAAUAUUCUCAGCAUCUUUUAUUCUACCAACAAGUUUUCCACUACUACUGAAAGAUGAAUGUGUAAACGCGUUUCGUUUGGAUUGUAUGCUUCUUCUUAUCUGUUGCCUCAUAUUGUAACCCUGUCGUCGAAAUAUAUUCGAUAGGAAUAUACCAGGUAGCGCAAUUGUCAAUCCUACCCAUAAACAUGAUCAUAUUAAAAAGUAAUACUAAAUAACAUCAUCAUUAUCAAAAAUAUUGAACAUUAAAAGUCUUCAUAUUGCAUAUACAUUUUUCAUAAUUAUAAAAUUCUUUUUUUUUUUUUUUUUCUUAUUAUUUGUUAAUCAUUUUUAUAUUUUUUGCGAUUUAGUAUAAACAAUUUGUUAAUAAUUCAAAAAAUGUAGUUAAUAUAUUUUAUUAUUUAUAAGUCAAGUCUCCAAAAUGAUUUAUUAUACAUUUAAAACAAACAAAAUAUGAAUCAUCAUAUAGGCAAUAAUAUUCAAACCAAUUGUAAAUUUAUUUAAAGAAAAAAAAUAACAAUAUUUAUAAAUAAUAUAUUGCUUUAUACAUUUAUACUAUAUUGUGUAUUAAAAGUUUCUUUAAUAAACAAAAGAGAAUACAAAAACAAUUUAAUAGAACAAGUAUAGUUAAUUUUGAAAUUCAACAAAACAAAAAUGACAAACAAUAAAAAUACAAAUCUGAAAUAUUUAACAAUAGAUGUGUAUUUAUUGUUUUUCUUUUUAUUAUUAUUUAUAAAAUUGUUAUCUACUGAAUAAAAUAUUUUUAAUUAGAUUUUUUUUUAAUUAGUUUUUUUUCCUUGUUUUAUUUGAUUUUUAUGUUAUUUACUAUUGCUAAAUUAAAUUAAGACAAUUAAUUUUGUUUUUAAUUUGUUUUAACCAUAUCGAAAUACAAAAAAAUAAUACAAACUUAUUCAAGUAAUCCAGACGUAACUGGUCUGAAAUUGGAAUAAUAUUAUACAUAGAUAUAUUUUAUAAUAUUGUAAUUAUUGUUUGUUUAAAAAAAAUACUUAUACACAUGAUUGUGAAAAUAUAUCAUAAAAUAAAAUAAACGAUUGUUACAGUG